GGAUCUCACAAAAUCAUGCUAAAUAUGUUAGUUAUGGGAGAACCACCGUCAGUAUCAUCCUACGUGGUCAUAACGUGCAACGGGCAAGGGCCCGUAGUUUCUGCAGAGCCAAGUUCCUUGGACUUUGGCGAGGUGAAAGUUCUCGAAGAAAAAACGAUGGAAUUCCAGCUUAUCAAUGAUUCGCCUAUUCCUACUCAGUUUAUCGCGACAUUGAAAAGCAAAGAUUCACUGUGGAGCGUCAGUCCAGAGUCUGGUGAUCUCGAACCGCAUGAAUCGAUGAUCAUAACUGUCAAACUAUGCCUUGUGGACCCUGGGAAAUACGAAGAUAAAAUUAUGCUGCGUGUAAUUAACAGCAGAACCAUCCCUGUAGAUGUCAAAGGAACUGGAUAUGGUUGCAGUGUCGUUUUCGAACCACAGAUAUUCCCAACUUUCGACUGGGGCCUGCUUUUCAGCCAUCAGCAAAUAGAUCGAACAAUAACUCUGACGAACAAGGGGACUCACGACUAUCAAAUGAUUUGGAUAACCGAACCAGAAGUACGAUUUCGACGAGGUCAAAUGCUAAUGUCCCACACCACGAAGUUUCAACUAUAUCCUUCGAUCGUCAAUAUUCCACCGGGAGAAACGAGACAUGUCUAUUGCAAGUUGUUCUGGAAAGCAAACGAGUGCGUGGUAGAAAAAUGGAACGUUUUCGGUCAAUUUCAUGGUAUAGGGAAACGUGAAUUGAUCGGCACGUCGUCUUUCACGGUUACGUUGACAGAACCGCAGAUUCUAUUUAGUAAAAGGAGGCUAACGUUUCGUGUGGACGUGUGCCCCGAGGAAGACAAAUUACAGCAAACAGACGAAUUAUUGGUGACCAAUCAAUCGAAGCUGGACCUUAACGUUCAGCUGUCGGUGAAAGAACCAUUUCAUUUGAUAACCUCUACCGAAGAACACGUGCAAAGUAUGCAGAUUGUCCUGAUCGACGGAGGUACCACGAAAAUUCGCGUUUUCUUUUCCUUCAAUGGUGAAAGCGAGAAUUGUUACUCGAAAAAUUAUUCCGGCGUACUUCGACUGGAAUAUCAGGAGCAUCCCAAUCAGGAUAAAAUCACGUGUAAGGGUUACGUGAAUUUUCCAAACCUCGACAUACAGCCUAGUGAUUUUGUAAUUAACUGUGAGCUGGGCACAAGCGCCGAGGAAAUAUUAACAUUAACCAAUAACGGACCAGUAUCGGUUGUAUAUAAAUUCCUGUGGCUCGCAGAUUCCAUCGAUAUACAACGCGAUUCGGACAUCGUGCCGGAGUGUUCUGGAUGUUCGUCGCGCAAAGUAAAAUUAGAGGCGGAUACAGCCGAGAUGCAAGAGGUCGAGGUAGCGGACGAGGUAGACGAAGACAUUUACACGAGUGACAAGCAAGAAGGAGUCGGAGACGGGCCAUUAGACACGAUACCACCACCUACGAACUCGCCCAUUUCAGAGAACCAGAGCUCGGAAAUUCCUCUUAUAGAGGAAAUUUCUGACAUAGACGAUUGUUUGGUAUCUGCAAAGGAAAUAAGAAACUUUCUACUGCCGAUUGUUGGAUCAUAUUUUAAGACAGACGAAGAUCUGGUUGCGUUAGAGAGCAUGCAGACCGAUCCUCCAAGGAAUCACUAUAUCAAUGAAAUAGAGGAAAGAAUUUUUGAAGGAACAGAUACAUUAGAUAUGGUAGAUAAAGCUCUCUUUUCAGAUCCAGUUCUGAAGAUCGUUCCAAACGAGGGCACGGUGCUUCCGUAUUCUGUGCAACGAGUACACGUAGGAUUUCACGGUUUCGAACGGCUUCAAAUAAAAGCCAUCAUCGUCUGUGAAAUUUUCCGUGGACCCACCGAACGGAUUCAUCUACUCGCUCGCGCAGACGCUAUUCGAUACGCGAUUGACACGAAUGUUAUCGAUUUUGGUCAACAGAUUGGUCACUUGAUGCCCGUCACGAUCGAAGUGAUCGCUUAUGGUGCUUUUCCACAAGUUUACCUGUGCAUUCCUCGAGGAAAAAUGCAUCAAUAUCAUUCCAUCGAGUUAGAAUACUCCGCUAUCCAAUCGUUGACCGAGGAUUUCAUAAUUAAAAAAAUAGGGAACAUCGUAGCCAAGAAGAUUAACGAUUUACUCGAAACGGACAUGGAGAUGUUAGCCGAUAUGAAACACGUGAUCGUCGAACGUACUGCUCACUACUCGGCCAAUGUAAUUAAUUACGGCCCAUGGAACGUGGAAAUGAGAAUGAAAAUGGAGAACAAGAAAGACCACCCGGGAAGAUCUGGCAUCAUAGUACACUUCAGAAAGCAUUCCAAGCUGUUGGUCGGCGAUUCUGCUGUUCUUCAAGUGACCUGGCACCCUACACGAGAAAGAUUUUCAGAGAAAAGCACAGAAGUGAAACAUAUGAUUUACAUAGAGGUAUUAUAUGGAUGCACGAUUCCUGUCACUAUAAAGGGAAUAGUAACUUAUCCGUACGUCACCGUCAAUACUAAGUUUCUGGACUUCCAGGACGUUGUUGUUGGAGAAUGUUUGGUUCUCCACAUUUUGAUCAAGAACGACGGAUUAGUCGAUUGCGAGUGGGAGGCGAGGUUAUCGGACGUUCAUCGUAAGAAGCAACACGAGGAUUAUCCAUUUUACGUGGAGUACGAUACAAAUUACUGUCCACCUGGUCAUUUUGAGAUUGUCCGGGUAUAUUUCAAACCUCGGAAAACGUGUUAUAUAGAGACGAAGUUAAAGAUUAUCGUGAAAAUGAGCCUUGAAACGCAGAUAGUCGCGAUAAGUGGUCGUGGAAUCGAAAAAAGAUUGAACAUAAUCGAACCUACUAUUCAAUUUCUGCCCACUAUUCCGUAUACGAAUAUUCAAGAAGUAGUUUUUACGAUCGAGAACACUUGCAAUUAUCCUGUGGAGUUCUUCUGGCAUCAUUUGGACGAAGUGAAGGAAAUACUGCUGCCACCCAGAAAGCCUGGCGAGUCGAUACCCUGGCAAUUAACGAAAUUUUACAGAGACAUAAUCAACGAGAUGGCUCAGGCGUUAAUUAUGGAGAAGUUAAACGAAGAAGAACUAUUCGAGGGAGAAGUUCAGCUUGAGAGAAGGAGUCACGAAGGAGACACGGGGAAGAAGAGAGAGAGGAUGACCAGGUCGAGCGUAUUGAAGAGGAAAACGAGGAAACGCGGAAGAUCUAUUCAGCAAUCUACGACGAGGAAAAGCAGCGUUCGUGAAUCUAGUCGUCGUGGGAAAAGAAACGAAGUUGUCAGUGACUUGUCUAGCACGGAUUCGGAUAGAAAAGACUGUCCAGACUUUUCAAUUUUGAACGAAACUUUACUGGAAUCCAUUCCUCUACCCACGAGCGAUCCCGAAGAAAUCCAACACAUGCUUUUCUGUUACAUAGACAGCCUUUAUAAGAGUUCAGAUUUCCAAAGUAGAAUGAAAGACCCGGUGAAGGAACUUUUCGAGAAUAUCCAGCGAAAAUCCGACGUGUCGAACAAUCUUCCGGAUCCCUCGAAGCCUGAGAAAAGAGUCUGCGUUAUUUUCCAUGGAGCUCCUUUCACCGAGUAUCAAGAGGUUGCGUGCCGGAGCGCCAGAGUCUUAGAAAUUCCAGUUCUUAGCAUCGAUAAGGCGAUCACGGAAGUUACUGCGCUUGCCGGAAGUCCAUGCUCGAUUCAACUUCGACAGAUCAUCGACGAUGCUUAUGAGACUUACUCGGAGGCUUUUGUGAAACAAAAACAGCGUUUGAUCAGUCAAGACGCUCGUGAAAGCAACGAGGUCGGAUCAGAAUCAACUAGAAGAACAGGAACUUCGAGUAAAAGGAGAAGUUCGCCGAAGGAGAAAUCGUCCAGGACAGGAGGAUCGCCUAAAACCCCGAAGAAAUUGAAAACGUCGAAAUCUACUAAAAUACAAAGUUCAGAUGCGCAGAGAGAAGCAAUCCUUCGACUUCAUGCAGAUCCUGACCCUCUAGUAGAGCUGGAUAAAAUUCCAACCAAUGAGAAACUGGAAAUGUUGGAUGCUUUGAGUAGAUACGAAUAUAAGAUACAAGCUAUUUUCUUACUGCAGAAAAUAGUUGAUCACUGUGAUAUUCAUGACUCGCCCAAAGACAGUGGUGACAGAAGUCUAAGGAAAAAGAAGGAUUCGUUUCUUGGGAUUACUUCCGAAUUAAUAGCUGAAGCUCUUGAAGAAAGAUUAUCCAUGGAGGAUUUCAAGCGAGGUUUCGUUGUACAGAGCUUGGAGUGCAAUUUCCUGCGAAAUAACACGCUCGAAGCUUUGCUUUCCUUGUUACGAAUCGUCGGCAAUAUCGAGUAUUUUCUAUUCGUUACUUUUCUUAAUUCGAUGGCUUGCUACGACACAAGAGUGGAGCAACUUCAAAAGGAAAUAGCGAUGAAAGCGACCGAUCCCAAUCAGAAGAUCCAGGACAUCGACGAGAUGUCGUCGUCCGAAUACGAUCAACUUCCCGACGAGGAUAAGAAGAUGUAUCUGGACGCGAUUCUACCACUUAAAAGGGCUGAAGCAUCGCGUAGGCGAGCUCGAUUCAUCGAAAGAAUGAUGGAACGUACAAAGAGAAAGGAGAGUCGUAGCUACGUUUCAAGCUUCAAGACAACCAAGAAGAAGCGGAACGCAAAGACGACGAGACACGCGACAGCAGCCAGUAACUCGAGGCCAGCUUCCAGUAAACGAGGGACAAGCAAAGCAACGAGAAGUAGAGACAGCUCGAAACGAAGGAAAGAAUCUGUAUCGAGCGAGGUGAAAGAAAUUACGGCGACUAUGGAUCGAUAUUACAAGGAUCUCUCGUCGAUCGAGGCUGUGAUUCGUAAUUGGGAUCCCAUAAAAAAGACGAUAGAAGCAGCUUCUACAACGAAGUCUAAAGCAUCCAGAAGCGCUAGAUCCAAAGAUGUAUCUCCUUUGGAUACAGUUCAAGAGGUGCCUGCAAAUAAUUUUCACAUAUGGUACGUAAGAUCCAGCGAUCCUUGGCAAGAUACAAUGUACGAUCUAGUUGUUGCUAGAAUGAAUGAGAACUUAUUGGCAAGAUCUGCUCUUCCCGUCGAGAUUAUACCAGUACCAGAUCUUCGACCCAAACUUUAUUCCGUCCUCAGGUGGAAAGACGUGAAAAAACGAGCUAAAAGAAUUCUCAGCGACGUCUAUCAAUUGGUUUCCUUGACAUCGAUGCCAGAAAUCUUCUCCGUCAACGAGUCAAACGCAGUGAGCGAAGUGAGCGUGCAAGAGAAUUACAGUAUCGCUAAAAGAAAUCGUAGAAGACGUGGACGUAAAACGAGCAAAACGGAGGAACAAAAAUCAUUGAGCAGAGCGGAAAAUCGUUCUGUGAACGCAUCGACGAUUGGAAGCAAGGACACGAACAACGCGUCAUUUCUGGAAACGAUUCGAGAAGAGUCCUUGAAGCCACGGUGGAUUUUAUUGCCGAGCGAAAGCCAGAGGUUCAAGAUCCGCUUCCAACCGGAAGAGUCGGGUCACUACGAGGAGACGUAUGCGUUGACUCUGUCGGAUGGAAAUUACGUCACCUACGAAGUGAAUGUUACCGGUGUAGCCGAUAUACCGAGGCUGGACAUGAAUCCUAAAACGAUUUUUGCAAGGACUGCAAAUGCUAAAUUGAACGAGACAGAAAGUUCUACGUACUUUUACGACAAAGAGUUGUACGAUUUUGGAUCUCAGCUAGUUCUCAGUAAAGACAGAAGGCCGCAUCGUCUAGAGGCUCGGCUGAAGUUUUGCAACAUUUCCGAGGUGGAGGUGGAGGUUCGCGUCUCACUGACGGAAAACGAUUCCCAGUGCUUCUUCGUUCAGCCCCAGCAACUCCUUAUCGCUCGAGAAACGAAAUGUAUGCAGCGAGGCAGCUGCGCGACUCUGAUCUUGUCGGCCAUCGCUACCAGACUAGGAAUUAUCACGGGAAAGUUGUUCUUGUGCGUGACAAACAACCCAAAAGUCGAAGUGAUCGAGUUGCAAAGCAAAGGUACCAUAUUGGACAUCGAACUGGAUGAGAAAGAGUUGUCCUUCGGUCGCAUACUGCUCUAUCGAAUAGAAUAUCGAACACUGACUAUUAGAAAUAAAACUCCGGUUCCGUUCUUUUGGUAUUUGGAAGCCGAAGAACCUGCUGAUCCACAGAUAACGUUCACGCCUUUCCAUGGAGUGAUAGAGACUCGCAGCGAGCAAAAGAUUGAGUUUUGUUAUCACGCUACCACGGUAGGUGUGGUCCGCAAGAAGGCGAUAAUCUUCAAGGCAUUUCUAGACGAGGACGACAACGAUCCCAUUUUCUACGAUGUCGUAUUAAUAUCUGGAGAAACUUACGACGUCGCAGUGGACAUCAACUACGCGAAUCCUAUCGAUUUGAAAUACAUAAGGGUGAACUUCGCCGCGAAGACGACUUUCUCUAUGAGAAAUCGCGGUGACUACGAGGUGAAAUACGUAAUUACCGUGGAAGACAAGGAGAAAUUGGCGAAAUUAAACUUACCUGCUAAUUUCAAGAAGAAGCUGGAAAUCGAACCAACCACUGGAACUGUUUCACCAAAUCAGGAGAAAACCGUAGAAAUGAUAUUCAAACCGAAGACCGAGCUGACGCUUAAGGAAGCCCCGAUAUUAAAAUGUCAUUUGGUUGACACACAUAAAGAAACUACUAUAAUCGCCGAGAUUCCUCUCAACGUUUCUCUUGUUGCAUAUUACACUAGAUUUCGUAUCAAUCCAUAUCCUGUGGUAAACUUUGGAGCAUUGGCCAUGUGCACCGAGAAGACCAUGUACCUCAAUAUCGAGAACAUUGGAAAAUUUCCAUUACAUUAUUCUAUUCGACUACUGCACAAACAUCCUUCUGUCAUGUACAUGACCAAACCGUUGCCGAAAGAAUUUCCCAAGAAGACGAGCCUGGCGGAAAGAAGAACCACGUCGAAGAAAGGAAAGAAAUCUGCCAGAAGCGUCAAGGCUGAAACCAAAAUCCAUUCGGAGCCAGAGAGAUUGAUAAUAGGCCCAAUUACGAUAAUGAAAACAGAGGGCACUGUAGACGUUGAUCAAACGGACAGCAUCGCCAUCAGCUGUUACCCAGAAUUCGUGGGUUCCCAAGAGGAACAGAUUGUUAUUGUGGUGGACGAUAGCAUUCCCGAAGACAGAGAAGGGAAAACAGUCACGUUAUCCAUGAACUCGUUCAUACCCACUAUCGAUUUCCAGGACCUCGACUCGACGUUUCAAGAAAAUCGCGUGGUUGAUAGAAUUCAAGACUUCGACUGUCCCAAAGAUAUUGGGGCGCACACCGUGUUUGCUCGUCAAGAGAAAUCCCUCUACUUUCGGUAUAUCAACGUACUGAGCACUCACGUAACUUGUUUCAAAUUGUAUAACCGUGGUGUAGUUGCUGCGAACGUAGAAAUUCGCUUGAUGGAAGAAUCUUUGAUGCCAAGUACAGCAAAAUCUAACACGUUUAUCGUGGAACCGACGAACGACCAGAUUCCUCCCAUGAGUCACAAAGUGUUCACAGUGUCUUUUACCCCGCACAUUAUAGAGACGUUUCAAGAAACGUUUCGAGCAGCCGUGGUUUUGCCUUCGCAUCUCGAAGCAGACCAGCUAUUCAUCAAACUGAUAGGAGAAUCUUGCGUGCCGGAAGUGGCGAUUACAGAGCCAGUGCAUGGAGCAAGGGAAAGACCUACUUUGAACUUUCCUCGUACAUUGAUCGACGAGAGCAGUUACAGAUAUCUCGCUUUGGAAAACAUCGGAUUCAUUAAGGCGAAAAUCAUCGUGAAGAUCGACGAUGAUUUGAAUAACGUGUUCCUCUUUUCCGCUUGCUCGGAUACGCAGCAUUUACUGCAAAUUUGGGAGGAUUACUGCGAUGAGCCACGCGAUCGAUGUAUCGUAGUUCGUUUGGCACCUGGAAAUGUAGCUCGCUUCAAAGUAAUCUUCGCUCCGACUAAAAUCGGGAAACAUCAUGGAAAAAUUCGUUUGCACGUGAUCGAUAAUCCGUACGAGAAUAUGUCGACUAAUUUGGAAGGCGAGUGUUACGUGGAGCCGAUCGUUCUGGACGGCUUGCAAUUCGAGGAGAAUAAACGUAAAGUCGUGACCGGAAAUCACAAGGUCCGGAGAGUUUCGUCCAAGCAGAAUUCAUUGGUUUCAGCUUCGAGCAAUUCGAUGCACUCUGCGUCUCUGACCUACAUUCUCGACUACGGACUUUGUUUCGUUAGCAAAAUGUACAAAAAGACAUUCAAGAUUGCCAAUAAAUCUACGGAUCGAUGGUUUCGUUUCCAAUGGAGUGCACAUCCGCGCGUUGUGUUCGAGCCAUCUAUUGGACAUAUCAAGUAUCUCACGUGCAAAGAAAUCGUUGUUACUUUUCUGGCACCUGAACCUGCGAAUUACGAGAACAUUCGGAUCGAGUGUUUGAUAUGCGAAAUUCUGGUAGAAUAUUCAGAACACGAGUUAGUAGGUUGGGACGAUAGACAGACGGAGGUGCGUUGGGAGCGGAUACAUCAUGAUCUGAUGGAUCGAUUAAGCAACAUAAACUUGUUACUGAAGAAAAUCGUGGAACCAACCAUCGAGGCAAAGCACGAAAUUUUAGCUGGAACGAACAGAUCGAUUCAUCUCCUAUUAAACGCCGUUGUUGCAUUUUCGGAAUGUUCGUGCACUGUUCAAGAAAUUUGCUUCAACGAUACGCUGAUGUUUCAGACCAGGGAGUACAAAUUCUUCCUAUCGAAUCCAGGGAUCGUAGAUACGAUGUUCGCCUGGAAGAUAAACAUGGACGAACAGUAUCCGAAGAGGUACAUAGGGGACAGUUCGAACGUGACUUCCAGACCGAGAACCGCGGAGGAAACCCGCACCCAGCAUUCGAGAUCAUCUAGGGGAAUCUUCUCCGCAACAAGUGAACUCCGUCGCAGAAAUUUCGGGCAGGAUGAAUCGAGCGAUGGGGUCAACACGAAUAUUUUGUCACGACGAUGCAUGUCUUUCGUUUCCGAUAGCGUCGAUAUGAAAGAUGCUUCAAGCACGAAACAAUCGGAUCUGUUCAGCAGUACCGCAGGAUUAUCGGGAAGAACCACCGACAGUUGGUUAGAAGGCGACGAUCUGCCUUUUGUAAUUUAUCCCGAGACAGGAACGAUAUCACCCGGACAAUCUGUGGAAUGUACAUUAAAAUUUUCACCCAAGGAUGUAUUUUAUUACAAGGCAUACCUUACGUGCAACAUAGAAAAUCAGGAAUCGAAGCAAUCGAAUCCGAUAAUUCCCAUCGUAGCAAGAAGUUUGCUGCCUUAUUGUCACUUCGACGUACAGGAUAGCGACUACGUAACCAGUGGAAGACGAGAUCCAUCGCUACCUGGUCCCUUGGGAUAUGAAAUAGACGAUCCCACUUUGUGGCAGAACAUCAGGGUAAUCGAAUUUAAAGUGGUUGGCGUGGCCGGGACUCAUGUGAAAAAAUUCCACCUGAUCAACCCCACUGUAGACGAUUAUUAUUUCUCGUGGACGAAUCGAUCGCCUCUUGGACCAGGCGAGAUAUCGAAUUUUCAUUGCGCGGUGACCGAGGGUGUUGCCGAACGUGGAAAACGUACCGAUCUGGCUUUCACAUUUUUGGCAGAGAACGUCGGCGUCUUCGAAUCAUUCUGGCUCUUUUCCAUCGAUAGAUACAAUCUGGAGUGCCUUUUCCUGCUUGUCGGCAUCGUAACCGAACCGUCGGUGUACUGCCUCACGAUUCACGUGAAACUCAAGCCAACGAUCUUAGGAUUCAACGUUAGAGAUUCGUUGAAAAUAUUGAACAACGAGGAUUUUCAUAUACCGUUUAGCGUGUUAGAGGAAUCUCUUCAUUCCGAGGGUAAAUUUCAAAAGCUUACCGUAACUCCGAUGACUGGAACUCUGAUCUCGAAGAGCGAGCAACAUUUCUGGGUCGAGUAUCAUCCAACUCAGGUCGGUGAAUUCCACUUUUCCAUUCAAUGCGCCGUGAAGCUGAUGAAAAAUCCCCUUACCAUGUUCGUGACCGCCUCCGUUUACGAUAUCGUGUCCUCGGUUUCGUAUUGCAAGCUCAACGGCGAAAUCGUGCGAGCUUCCGAGAGUAAGGAGAACGUCAUCGACCUGGGCAAGAUAAUGCCCGAAGUACCGAUUAAUCUCAAGUUCGACAUAACGAAUGCGUGCAAAGUAGCGUUCUACUACGCUUGGGAGCUCGGUAUGACGCCAGAAAUUUCCUGCAGAAACGCGUAUAGCGUGACCACGUCUCAGAAGCAGGGCCAUGUGACCAGCGAGGAUCGAACCGCCUGUUACCUGACCCUGACAACGUAUCAAAAAGUUACGAUAAAAGAUCAUUGCGUUCUUCUAAAGAUAUCCAAUGGUCCCACUUACAAAUUCAGGUUGAAAGCUACGUCCAGAAAACCUGCUAUCGAAUUCAGCUUCAAUCGCUACGAUUUCGGACCUUGCUACAUUCAGGAACACAAUGCAAUCUCUUAUUACGCGGAGCUUCGUGUAACAAACUCCGAUGAUGUAGCUUUUAUAAUCGAAUGUAAAUUCGAAGAACAACCACACCUCUCCAUCGACCUAAAUUCGAUAUCAGAAGCGCUGGCUGCACGCUCUACGAUCACCAUACCGAUCGUUUUUCGACCAUUGAAGGAGAUUAAGUACCACGAAUGUUUGGUGUUCACGAUCAACUCGGCAAACGAGAAGAGGAUAACGAUUAUUGGCGAGGGCAUCGGCUAUAAACGUCGGUAUUCUGCGUUACACUUUGUAAGUGUUUUUCAGGUUCGUUUGGUGAACCCUCGCGACCAAUCGAUAGAUCUUGGUAACGUUCCCGCCCGCAAGAGCGUCGUAAGGAAGAUUCCGGUGAUAAACGAAGGUUUGGCACCGCUUGAUCUGAGAUUCGGGAUCAUGAAGUACCUAACUGGCUACGACGAGUACCGCGAAAGUCAGAGAUAUUGUGACCCGUCGGAUGACGAGAGGGAAAUGGCUCGGGCAUCCAUUGUAGAGAUCAAGCGUUCCUGGACUAUGGAUCAGAGGUUUGCAACCAGGGAACCGAAACUUUCGGACGUUCUGAAGAUCGAACCAUCGUCGAGCGUAGUUUUGAAGCCGAAUAAGAGGGUCAACGUGUUGGUCACUUUUAAAUCUCCAUCGAGGAUGAGAUCGUUCGACGUUAAAGUGGCCUUUCAAUCGUCUUCCAUGAUCCUGCCAUUGUUUUCGGUGCGUGGAAGUUGCGUAGGAGCAGAGUUUCGAUUAAAUAGGAACCAUAUUCCUUUUGGUACUGUAGUUCAGGGUUGUACGGAAGAGUCUAAGGUGAUAUUAAUGAACACCGGAGAUUUGGGCUCCAGAUUCAAGUGGAACACAUCGAAAUUGCCGAAAGAUUUCCAAAUUACUCCUAUGUCCGGUUACUGCUCGGCCGGUAUGGAUGUCAGUUUCACGGUGAAGUUCCAACCCCCUGAGCAGCGUAACUUAAUUGAGGGUGAGGCAGUAAUGGAGAUUGAGAAGUACGAAUCUUUGAGGGUUAAAAUUAGCGGAGCGUGCUGCAAACUACCUGAUCCGAUCGAAACGAUCGCGUUCGAGUGUUUGGUACGAGGAAAGCAAACUCGAUCCGUGAUUAUAACGAACGAUUCGACCCAUACCUGGAAGUUGAAGGUUGAAGUAACCGGAGAUUACUUCUCCGUCGACGAAACGUUACAAGUUCCUUCGCAACAAUUUGCUCCUUGUAUUGUCACAUAUUCACCCCUGGUCAUGAACUCUGAAAACACUUUGCAUAUGGUAGAAAGUCAACCGAUAGGAACGCUGGUGCUGAAAUCCCAGGACGAAAACUUAUAUUUGUUAUAUUUUCUUCGUGGCAGAAGCUUGCCACCUAGAGUUACCGAGAAGAUAAGCCGUCAAUUCCCCGCGAAAACGAGUUUUUCGAAUAUAAACCUCUUACCGUUUCUCGUUCUUCGUGGCCAGAUUCCUCUAUAUAGCUUCGUAGGUAACGAAAGAAUCGACGUUCCACCGAACAGUCAGCGAGAUUACCGAGCAGUGUUUUAUUGCUACGAGAAAUGGAACUUUUAUUUCAAAGUAACGUUCACCAAUAUGGAGAAAGAAUAUCAAUUCUACGAGAUAGAGUACGAAGUAACAGAACCGGAAGUGAUCGAAUCGAUCAAGUUGGCAACCCCUGCCCGAUCCCAGAUUUGUUACGCUUUGAAACUGGAGAAUCCCCUCGAACGUGAAACGAUCAAAUUUACAGCAGAGUGUCUUCAUCCAUUUGUCACUGUUACCAAAGUGUCAAAGAUCGUGCAACCACUAUCGCACGAGUAUAUUACUAUAAUAUAUCAUCCAACGAUACCAUUCAUCACCGACGUUGUCACGUUAAAUGUUGAUUCCGAAAAGCUGGGCCGAUUUCCAUACGAAUUGCGAUUGAAGGCCAGUCCUGCUCCUCCAGAGAAAACCACGCGUGUCAAUGCGGCUUUGGGAAGCAAUUACGCGUUUUCGCUUCCUGUGAGAAAUUUCACUCGCGAGAAUGCCAUAUUUUUGAUACACGUAGAUAGUGAGUGUUUCGCGUGUCCGAAAAAUAUUCAAGUGAAUGAACUAAGCGAGGGUAUAAUCGACGUAAUUUAUGAGCCGUACGAUGUUGAAAAUGCCACUGCUACGUUGAUAGCAUCUUCAGACACUGCCGGAGAAUUUAUCUUCCCUUUGAUCGGUUCUUGCUCCUUGCCAAAGCCUAUGGGUCCUUACGUGAUCGCUCGAAGCUCUCCAGCUUUUAUAUCUUUCAAAAAUGUCUUCAGAGAAACAAAGACCUUUGAUUUUAUCGUCGACGUUGCUGAAAUCUUCACAGUGGACACUGCGUCAACCACGUUAGAUUCUAAACAGGUGAUUUUUAAUUAAAAUCGUCUCGGACCUUUAAUCCGAA